AUGGCCACCGAUACCCGGCCACUCAAGGGCAUCCUCAAAAAGCCGGCCGGCCCCUCCGUCACCAACAGCAACGGCAGCACCAACACCGGUGCCGCCGCCGCCGUCCUGAACCCGCGGAAGCAGGACCCCCGCGAAAUCGCCCUGCAGCACGCCCGCAUCAUCCAACAGCGAAAAGACCUCGAGCUCGAGAUCCUCGAGUGCCUGGCUCUGCUGUCCGAGUACCCCACCGAGCGCGGCAGCCGCCUCUACUCAGCCGCCCAUCCCUCGCCCCGCGACGCCGCCGACUUCAAGGCCAACGUCCGCCUCUUCCAACCCUCCGACUACGACGACCUGAUCGAGGAGCGCAACGUCAACGGCCUGUGCGGCUAUACCCUCUGCGCCCAACCCAAACCCCCCGCCUCCAAGGGCGGCGAGUGGCGUCUCGUCAACUUUGGCACCUCGAGCUUCGACAUCGUUAACCGCAAGGAGUCGGAGAAGUGGUGCUCCAAGGACUGCCAGCGCAGGGCCCUCUACGUCAAGGUCCAGCUCAAUGAGACCGCCGCCUGGGAACGCGCUGGCAUCCCCGACAUCGAAAUCGAGCUGCUCGGCGAGCACACGGCCGCGAAGGAGGAGGACCCUGCCGCCCAGGCAACGCGAGACCUCGCGAACCUGAGGUUGGAGGAGACCAGGCGGGUGGCCGACGAGUCUGCAACGCUAGCGCUGGAACGGGGCGAGGUGCGCCAGGAGGGAAAGAAGACCUUCACACUGGCCAUCCGCGAGAGGGAGGUCCAGCCGCCAGCCGACGACAACGGUUCCUUUGCAGAACCCGACGAUGCCCAUUUACUGGUAGAAGGGCAUCGGCCGGGGGCCGGAAAAGCGCAGGCUCGGGCCGAAGCGUCUCAAGCCGAAGCCCAAUUUAGGAAAGAAAACGCGUGA